AUGCCAUUCUUUAGCGACAGAAAUUCUCAGUCCAGCAUCAAGCAUAAAUGGGUAGGCUCACUCCGUCUCGUGACUUGGAACGUAAAUGCGGAUGCACCGUUCCCAAAAUCUCGCAUAUCCGCACUGCUGGAGGUUAUCAAAACUACCGGAGCUACAAAUGUUAUUUUCCUUCAAGAAGUAUCAAAGGACGCGCUUGCAGCACUUCUUGGAGAACCCUGGAUACAGCAAAAAUGGUACAUAAGCGACAUCGAUGCUUCCGCGUUUGGAACCCAGAAGUUCAUCAGCGUCACCCUGGUGUCUAAAGUUUGGGUAGCCACAGAAGGUAUUCUGCUCGGCGCCAUCUGGAGGAUUUCACUACCUAGUCGUUUCGGGCGAGACGCUCUGUGCUGCGAUAUGAUCUUUAACUCUUCAACCGACAAGACCUCUGGUAAAGGUCCCACCCGUAUCCGACUGAUUAAUGUCCACUUGGAUUCCUUGCCAAUUAAUCCGUCACUCAGGCCGCAUCAACUGUCUAUUUGCGCAUCGUACCUGAGUACAGCUGGCCGCGGCAUCAUCGCCGGCGACUUCAAUCCUGUUCUCCCAGAAGAUGGUGACCUUGUGCGUACCAACGAUCUUACCGAUGCAUGGGCAUGCCUUCAUCCAAACAACGCCGGUCACACUUGGGGCGUAUACGGUGAACAUGUCUUCCCACCAAAUCGGUUCGACAAGGUUGCUCUUUUCAAUCUUACCCCUUCAGCCAUGGGCAUCCUGCGAACAAGCGAGGUGGAAAUCUAUGACAUGACAAUGCCAUUUGGUGGACCGGAAUUGGCUGAAAAGGUGCAUUUUAGCGAUCAUUUUGGUGUUUGGUGCGAGGUUAAAUGGGAGGAAGAUCGAGUAUAG